GACUUUGAAUACAUGUUAUUUAAACUUAUCAGCUAUCCUACCUCAUCACAAAUUGACAAGUUCUUCUUAGAAAUAUAAUAAUUCCUGAGUCUUUUACCUAUUAUUUGGUUUUGGGAUAAUUGGUUCAUGACUUGUAUUAGAGUCUCUAUGACUAAGUGGUUUAGAGUUAUUCUUGUUGCCACCAUUAUUCUAAUAAAAAGUUAAAUUUCAACAAGUCAUAAGUAGACCUAUGCAUUAUCUACGCUUCAAGCCCAAGUGGAAGUCUUUUACCCAAAAGCUUAAACUUUUAGAAUAAUUGGUACAUCUACUUAGAAACAGCUUAACUUGCUUCCCAAACAAGAAUAAGGUUUGUGCAAAAAUAGACAUUCCUUUGUUAUCAGCAAAAUGAUAUUCAGAACUCAAAAAGAUAAUUGGGAGGCAGGGCUGAGAGUGCUGUCAAACCAUUUUGGAAAAUAAUGAAGGGUGGCAUGUGUCAAAACUAAGAUAAAGAUCAUACUAGUGAAGGGUAAAAUCUGCCAAAAUCUCCAAACCAAACAACAAAAUCAAAUUCAUCUCAUCAUGUGGUUCAGUCAGUUUAAGUUCAUAGAGAUACCCAUUUAUCUAGUACUUUUCUGUUUGUGCAUUCAUGUCGGCACUUCCCUAGACACCAUCACAUCAUCCUAUGUCCUCAAGGACCCUGAAACUUUAAGCUCCAGUAACGGUUUCUUUCACUUUGGAUUCUUCACCCCUGAAAACUCAACCUUUUACUACCUGGGAAUAUGGUGCAUGUCUAAACCCCCUGUGGUGUGGGUAGCUAAUAGAAACCAACCACUGAAUGAUUCUUCUGGGACAGUCAAAAUAUUCGAGGGUGGAAAUCUUGUUCUGGUGAAUGGACAGCAAGAAGUUCUCUGGUCAACAAAUGUGUCCAAUAAUGCAUUGACUACAAUGGCUAGGCUACUAAACACUGGCAACCUUGUACUGCAAGAAAGAACUACAGGAAGGAGGGUGUGGCAGAGUUUUGAGCACCCUUGUGAUACAUUGUUGGAGAAAAUGAAGCUUUAUUCAGAUAAAACUAGAAUGAAAGUCACCUCAUGGAAAAGUCCUCAGGAUCCAUCCAUUGGAAACUUCUCUAUGGGUCCUGAACGCCUAGAAAUCCCUGAAGUUUUCACCUGGAGAGGAAAUAAACCAUAUUGGCGAAGUGGUCCGUGGAACGGUCAAACCUUUCUUGGAAUACCUGACAUGGAAAAUAAUUACCUUGAUGGAUUUAAGUUGGGUCUGCCAGAUGAUGGGGAUGGCAGUUAUUAUGUCACUUAUACCUAUUCAAACCAGUCUAAGUUGACAACAUAUGUGUUGGAUUAUCAAGGAACCACAUACAAAUUUGACUGGGAUUUUGCAAAGAGAAAUUGGUUUAUCGAAUGGUCAGUUCCAAAAUCCGAGUGUGAUGUUUAUGGCACAUGUGGAGUGUUUGGAAGCUGCAAUCCUAGAAGUUCACCUAUCUGCAGCUGUUUGACAGGAUAUGAGCCAAGAGAUCCAGAGGAAUGGGAUAGACAAAACUGGACCGGUGGAUGUGUUAGGAAGGAACCUUUGAAGUGUGAGAGAGUAACAAAUGGGAGUGAAGCUGGAAACAAGGAUGAUGGGUUUGUGAAGCUCCGGAACACCAAAGUUCCAGACUUUGUCCAGCGGUCUUCUACUUUUUAUGAUGUUUGCAGAACUCAGUGCUUGCAAAACUGCUCUUGUUUAGCAUAUGCGUUUGAUGCUGGCAUCGGUUGUAUGAUAUGGAUUUCAGACUUAAUUGACAUACAAAGGUUCUCAACUGAAGGAACUGAUCUUUACAUCAGGGUUCCCUAUUCAGAACUUGAUGAAAAUAAGAAGAAUGUAACAGCUAUUAUCGCAGUUACAGCGAUAAUAGGAACAAUUCUAAUUGUGGCAUGUGGAUAUGUCUUGAGGAAAAGGACUAGAAAAGCAGAGAAAAGAAAUCUGACAAUUCAGAGCAAAAGCCAUGUAAAUGCCUUGAGUAAAGAGUUUAGAUUCCCGGACCUUUCCCAAUUUGUGUUUGAAGAUCUUUCUACUGCAACAAACAACUUUCACUCAGAUAAUAAGCUUGGGCAAGGUGGUUUUGGACCAGUUUACAAGGGUAUAUUGGAAGAUGGACAGGAAGUAGCAGUUAAAAGACUUUCAACAACAUCUAGACAAGGGCUAGAAGAAUUUAUGAAUGAGGUUGUGGUAAUAUCAAAGCUUCAACAUCGUAACCUUGUCAGACUUUUUGGAUGUUGUGUGGAAGGAGACGAAAAGAUUUUGAUCUAUGAGUACAUGCCAAACAUAAGUUUGGAUGCAUAUAUGUUUGGUCCUCAUAAAAAGGGAAUAAGUUGGGAAAAACGUUUUAAUAUAAUUGAAGGAAUUGCUCGGGGUCUACUUUACCUUCAUAGAGACUCUAGGCUAAGAAUUAUCCAUAGAGACCUGAAGUUAAGUAAUGUAUUGUUGGAUGAAGAGCUGAAUCCAAAAAUAUCAGACUUUGGUAUGGCAAGGAUUUUUGGUUGCGGUGUAGAUCAGGCCAGCACUGAAAGGGUUGUUGGAACAUAUGGUUAUAUGUCCCCAGAAUACGCCACGCAAGGGCUAUUUUCAGAGAAGUCUGAUGUCUUCAGCUUUGGUGUUUUACUGCUUGAGAUUGUCAGCAGGAGAAAAAAUAGCAGUUUUUCUAAGGAUGCUGAAUCUUUGAGCCUUUUAGGAUUUGCAUGGAAGCUGUGGAAUGAUGACAACAAUGCAUCUCUAAUUGAUCCAGAAAUAUCAAAUUCUAGCUCUCAUGCAGAUAUUAUUAGAUGCAUCCAUAUUGGCCUUUUGUGUGUACAAGAACUUGCAAGAGACAGGCCAACAAUGACUACUGUAGUUUCAAUGCUAAGCAAUGAGACUGUUAAUCUUCCAACCCCAGGGUACCCCGCAUUCGUUGAUUUCAUUCAAAGGCAGACUAAGGUGAAUGGAGAGGGCUCCAUCAAUUUUGUGAGUGUAACAAAUCCCCAAGGAAGAUAGGCCAUAGUGUUGUUAUACAACAAUAACAAAACCCUUAUCCUACUGAGUGAGGUCUGUUACAUGGAUCAAAUUUAGGCUACAUCAAAUGUUGUCAGAAAAUAAACCAAAUUUAAAAUGUUAUACACAAUUAUAUAUAGGCUACAUCUAAAACGCUUUGCCUGCAGCUGAUGAGUAUGCAGCCUUUGAAAAGCAUUUCCAAAAGGCAGGAAUGGACAAUGCUUAAUGUAAUCCUGGAAUUGUGAAACUGUUGGAUAUCAUAAUCACUAUUCUAGGAACAACAUUUAUUUAA